AUGAAGUUCUCCGCCCGCGUCCAAGUCCUUCUCUUGCUUGGGGCGCUGCAGACCCUCGUCUCCGCGACCGCGGCCCCCCAAGUCGACUCCGUCACGGUCGAGCGCUCCCUCGAAUCCGUCCCCUCGACCGAACUCGUCGAAAAGCGCACCUUUCUCGUCGGAGCCGACCCCGCGAGUGCCGUCCUCGCAACGGCCGGUGGAGUGGUCGGCACCGCCCUCAACACCGCCGGUAAUAUCGUCAAUGGCGUCCUCGGUGGUGUGCUCGGUGGUCCAACCGUCGUCGGCCCCAGCGUCAACAUCGAUGCGAAUGCGGGUGCUUAUGUGGGUGGAGGUCCGUACGUCUCGAGUGGUCCUGGAUCGAGUUACAGUUCGUACGAGUCGCAGAGUUAUGGCGCGGGUCCGGAUUGCAAGAAGAAGUUCGUCAAGGUUCGUAGGACUGGUCAGGUCGAAGAGGUCGAGUCCGCUUAG